AUGGCUGAAGCUACGCCAGAAAUAACUCUUUAAGUGUAUGUAAAAGCAUUAGAAAAUUUACAAAAUGCUUAUGAAAUCCUCCACACGCCUUAUCCCAAUUUUAUGGUUGAGAGUACUAAAAUGAUGGUGUCUCCUGAAUAUCCAGUGGAAAUAAGAUUGAAGAUUGGGAUACUAUUGAAGGGUGUAUUGAUUGAAUAAUGGGAAUCAAUAUAGCCAUCACGAAAAGUGAUACGCGAACUCUUAUUGAACGGUCUUGUAAUGAAUGUUUCAAAUAUGCCAAUAAUUGAGUUAAUUGUAAUUUAAUUAAAAUACAUCUUAGUCAUCCAUAAUAGUGUAAAUAAUAUGUCUUGACCCAAGUCAUAUUUGGCCAAAUCCAUUGGUUGAAUUGUUAAAUUGGAUGGAUGACUUUAAUGCCAUAGAAUCAAGCUUAGAAUUAUUUUUGCAAUUAUUUGGAAAACUAAGCGAAACCAAUGGUGAAUAACAAACCUUAUGUAAAGAGAUUGUCCCCUCAGUCCUUGAGAAAGGCUUCAGUAUAUUCGCUUAGCCAGAAUUGAAUGAGAAGCUAAGAGAGAAAAUAUUGUUAUUGGUUUACUUGGUAUUCAGAUCAAUCUCCUUUGCUGAUGGAACUGACAAUUCAUUUGUCAACAAAUGUCUGGAUUCGACCUUUUAAAUAUGGAUGGUAAGAUCUUAUUUGCAUUAUUUAGUCGUUAUUUUUAUCUGCAUUAUAAACAUCUCCCAAAUCACAUAUUUUCAUCAAGAAGUUAGUGUUAAAGAUAUUGAUUGUUGUCUUUAGAGACUUUGGAGUUUACAGUAGAAAAUCAUUGUCAUUAUCAUUGAUUCCUGUCUGGAAAUUCUUCAAUUCCAUUACCUAGUUAUAUGUUGGCCACAUUGUAUACCAAAUCGAUAUUGAACACAUCGACAGUUUGUUUUCAGAGGAAUCCAAAGAACUGACUCAGACUAAUUAAAGAAUUAUCAAUCUGCAAAAUGGUAUUUAAAAUAUAUAGAAUUUAGAUAUCGAAUACAAGUAUUUAAAUGAAGAUGAUGAUUAUGAUAAUCACAUUGAGGGUCUCUGUGCCUAUUCAAUUGAAUUGAUUACUAUCUUAGUUACUAAGCCUGCUUUGUAUAACCUAAUUAAGUUUGGCACCUUCCCAUUAUUGAACACAUUGGCAACAUUCCUGAUUGCUACCAAAGAUUAGGAAAGAUAAUGGGUGAAAGAUCCCAGUUACUUCAUUCUCAACGACGAAGAAGAAUUGCUGUAGAAAAGUGUUAGAACCCUUGCCUUGAGAUUGAUCAAUGAUAUCAUUGAAAAAUAUGGAGACACCUUUGUUCAGUAGAUAUUAAUGGUAGGUGAGAAAUUGAUAUUGAAUCGUGAUGAAAAAGAGUUCAUCGAAUUGGCUCAAUAGAUCAUAUCAAAAUUGAAUUUCCAAGAAUUGAAAGGACAACAAUCCAAAGAAUUUGAUUAGGAUAGCGUAAUGUAAUUCAUGAAGACCUCUGCCAUCUAUGUGACUAAUGCAUUCUACUUAAAAUCCUUUAUUUAAAAACGAAAGGAGACUGGAUAUCUAUUGUUAGGUAGUUUCUCAGAAGAUAUUAUUGUUUUCCAGUAGAAACAUGAAAGCACUUUCGAUAUUAAGAAAUGUAUGCAGAACAUACUAAUUGAAUUGGAGAGAUAAAGUAUCAAGCCCUAUUUAUUUGAUUCUAGAUUCAAGUAGUUUAUAAGCUCGAGCCAUUUGGAGCACAACAAAGUACUCUGAGUUGAUUAGUCAUUAAUUUAAAGAAUUGCUAGUGCCCUUCUUCGAAUCAGUACUCAAUUAUUUAAAAUCUGAAUAUCCAAUCACCUUAAAAAUAGUGUCAGUCAAAGCAUUAGGAAAGUAAGCAUUUCACAAAUACUAGUUAUGCCACAAAAAUUAAUAAAUACAACAUUCCUUUUCAGUAUAAAGCAGAAAUAAUGGAUUUAAUAUUGUAAGUGUUACAAGAGGCUAGUCAAGAUUAAAUUAUCUAUGUCUUAGAAUCAACGAUUAAUUUAGUUAGAUUUUCAAGCAUUCUGGCUACCACCUUAGCUAAAAAUGGAUCCAAAAUUUUAUUAUCAUUCUUUAGUAUCUUUCAUACUGAAUCCAUCGUUAUUAAACAAUUUAAUGAAUUGAUAAUGAGGAUUUGUUAAUGCAAGGAAGCUUAUCCACAUAUUUUUGAUGUAAAUAUUACUACCAUCAUAAGGUAUUCUGUCCAUUUAUCAUGGAUUGCUUCUAAGUGUUUUAUGAAGAUAUGAAUAAAAUUUAGGAUAAAAGUAAGAUGAAACCAACAGACAUUGGAUUAAUGAGUGCAAUUAUGCAUCUGACUUCCAUUUUUAUCAAAUACUGUUCUGACAACAAGGCUUAAGAAGCAUUCAUUAAUUUAUUGCCAUCUAUGGUUAAUCUGAUUCUGAUUAAUGAAGAUCCACAAUUAUAAGUACACACUAGUUAAUGUCUAAAAAACUUCAUCAUUAUUGAGACUGGACAAAUUCUGAAAAUGUAAGUGUAUAAAUUAAUCUAAGGAAUCUUGUCUAAGAUGUUAUGAAAGUCAAUCUAAAAUUAUUGGAAGUGCCUCAGAACUCUGCUAAUGAAUCAGCAUCAUUAUUUGCUGGAAAUUUGGUGAUGAUUACAAUUAACAACUUAUUAGAUGGAAAUCCAGACAUUAACUUAUUAAAAUCUGUUGUCUUCAAGAUAUACAGAUCUAGAAUGCCAUCUACUGUCCAAUCCUUGGUUUUAGUGUAUGCCAGAAUGAUCAUCGAAAAACCAAAAGAAUCAAUCAAUUUCUUGACCUCUUGGAGCAUUGAUAAUAGAAUGGCUCUUAAGGUCUUAAUUGAUAAAUGGCUAUUGCAAUAACCUUUGUUCAGAGGAAAAGGCACUAAAAAUGCCACCUUCACUGCUCUAAUGAAACUCUUUUUAUUAAAGGAUAAGACCUUAGAGAAUCUAUUAGUUAUAGGCUACAAUCCCAGUCAUCAAAAUAUAAAUAGUGGUAUAACAAAUGCAUUUAUUAAUUAGAUGUCUAUGCUCCCUUCAAGAUAUUGUCCUUAUUGAUUAGAUGUUUAGAUAAUGAAAUCACCCCUCAUACUCAAAACAAUAAUGAUAUCAAAUAGGAAGAUGAAAGAUUAGAAGUUGAAGAUGAUGACGAGGAAGUGAUCAAAAAGGAUUAAUUUUAAGAUCAAGUUGAUGUUGAAAUUGAAAAGAUCAAAGAUGAUGAAGAAUAGGAUAUAGCAGAAAGAUUUGCUGUAUUUAUUUCUCAAUAUUAAGUCAUUGGAUCCAAAGGAAAAGAAGGACAAAGGAUUAGCAGAUCUUGAAACUGGCUCAACAUUGUAUAUGAGUGAAUUCUUAGAUUUCAAUUAAGAAGUUGGAGAAGAAUGCGAUGAAACUACUGAAGAAGAUUUAACUUAUCUUAAAGAUCCUUGUUUAAAUAUCAAUUUAGUGGUAUUUCUCUUAGAAAUAUAAAUCUUAGGAAGCCCUCAAAGACUUUUUCUAAAAUUUAGUAAAGAAUGAUCCAGAUUAUUUAAAAUUCUGUCUUAAAAAUUUGCUUAAAGAAGAUAUCAAUCUAUUAUAGAAAUAUAUCAAGCUUAAUUUCUGA